UAUAAGACGAUCCACACCACCUUAUGUAUUGAUCUGAUUGGAAAAUCCCAUUUCUGUUUUGAAUUCAAAAUCAAUGGCGAACAAGAGCGUCAAGAAACCUCUUAGCCUCAACGAUAGUCACUAUCGCUUCCUUCAAGAUUUAUCUGCACCUCCAAAACCCUCUUCCAAACCCAUCGCUAAUGAUGAAUACGAAACACCGAUUCAACCCCGACGAAGCGUCGUUCCGCAAGAUAACGAUGAUACUAUUCCUCAGUUUUCUGCUAUUACCGACUUCGAUUCUCCAAUCGGUCAAAUUUCUCCGGAGAAUAAUCAACCUGUUAAUGUAGAAGAAACUCUUAUUCGCAACGAGGUUCCUCAGUUUUUCGAUAAUCGUGCUCGUAGCCAAGUUUCUCCGGAGAAUCGCCAACCAGAUAAUGUAGAAGAGGCUCCUUGUCGCAAUGAAGUUCAACAGUUUUUUGAUGAUUGUUCACUUCGUCAAAAUUUUCGAGGAAAUCGUCAACCAGUUAAGGUAGGAGAAGCUUUUCUUCCCAACGAGGUUCCACAGUUUUUGGAUAAUCAUUCUCUUGGUCAAAACUAUCUGGAGAAUCAUCAACCAGUUAAGGAUGAAGAAGCUUCUCUUCCCAAUGACGUUCCAAUGUUUUUUGAUAAUUGUUCACUUAAGGUGGAAAAGAAGACGAAGGUUAAGGUGCAAGGGAGACGUCGUCUUUGCAAGGUUGCUGACGUAGAUGCUGGAAAAAACGUGGCAGUUGAGGAGCCUAGGUUUGAUGAUCUUGUUGACUUUGAUUCGCCUGUUCCGGUACGGAAAAAUGUGAUUGAGAUUGAGGAGAGUGGGGCUAAGAGUGAAAUUAGGGAUAUUUUGAGUGAGCUCAGCUCCAAGUUUGAUGCGCUAUCAGUGGGCAAGAAGCCGAAGCCGGUGCCAAUGCCUGUUGAGUGUUUGGUGGGACGGAGGGAAAUUGUUGAAGAUGAGGGUUUGGAGUUUGAAAGUGCUGGAUCCUCAUUUUCUCCAAAACAGGACACCCAUGACAGUUCCUCAAAGGAUACAAAGAACGAUAGUGGUUGUGUUGAGUAUGAAUCAGAUGACUCGGUUCAGGAGAAUGAUGGUUCUAUAACACUGAAUGGCCCAAAAUCUACAUAUAAGUUGCAGGCUAAAAUUGCGAAAAUGUUGUAUCCACAUCAACGGGAAGGAUUGAAUUGGCUCUGGUCAUUGCAUUGUCGGGGUAAAGGUGGAAUUUUGGGAGAUGACAUGGGUUUGGGGAAAACAAUGCAGAUUUGUGGAUUUCUAGCUGGACUUUUUCAUUCCCGUUUAAUUACAAGGGCAUUGGUUGUGGCCCCAAAAACACUAUUGCCGCAUUGGAUCAAAGAGUUGGCCGUUGUUGGUCUAUCUGAGAUGACAAAAGAAUAUUUUGGAACUUGCGCAAAAGCCAGAGAAUAUGAACUUCAGUACAUACUUCAGGACAAAGGUGUUCUUCUCACCACAUAUGAUAUUGUCCGCAACAAUACCAAGUCCUUAAAGGGGUCCCGAUAUUUUGAUGACGAGGAAAGUGAAGACGGCCCUACAUGGGACUACAUGAUACUUGAUGAGGGACACCUUAUAAAGAACCCAAGCACUCAGAGAGCUAAAAGUUUGCUCGAGAUACCCAGUGCUCAUCGCAUUAUCAUUAGUGGCACACCAUUGCAAAAUAAUCUCAAGGAAUUGUGGGCAUUGUUCAAUUUCUGCUGCCCCGAGUUGCUUGGUGACAAAAAAUGGUUCAAAGAUAAAUAUGAAACACCUAUACUCCGUGGAAAUGAUAAAAAUGCGUCUGACAGAGAGAAGCGCAUUGGUUCAUCUAUAGCAAAGGAGCUAAGGGAUCAUAUUCAGCCUUACUUUUUGAGACGUUUAAAAAGUGAGGUUUUCAAUCAAGAUACGGAAAAAACAACUGCAAAACUUUCUCAGAAAAGAGAAAUCAUCGUGUGGCUUCGAUUGACCAAUAUUCAGCGGCAUCUUUAUGAAGCAUUUUUGAAGAGUGAAAUUGUUCUCUCAGCAUUUGAUGGUUCACCACUGGCUGCCCUUACGAUUUUGAAGAAAAUAUGUGAUCAUCCACUUCUGUUGACAAAGAGGGCAGCUGAGGACGUGUUGGAAGGGAUGGACUCAAUACUAAAGCCAGAGGAGGUUAAUGUUGCAGAAAAAUUGGCGAUGCAUAUAGCAGAUGUUGCAGAAACUGAUAAGUUUAGAGAGGAGCAUGACGUAUCAUGCAAAAUAUCUUUCAUCAUGUCAUUAUUGGAUAAUUUGAUCCCUGAAGGGCAUAAGGUGCUUAUCUUUUCUCAGACUCGCAAGAUGCUUAAUCUUAUUCAGGAAUGCAUAACAUCCAAAGGCUAUGAUUUUUUACGAAUCGAUGGCACAACAAAAUCCUGUGACAGAAUAAAAACUGUUGAUGAUUUCCAAGAUGGUAUUGGAGCUCCAAUAUUUCUGUUGACAUCUCAGGUUGGUGGUUUAGGACUGACACUUACAAAAGCAGAUCGUGUGAUUGUAGUUGAUCCUGCUUGGAACCCAAGUACUGAUAAUCAAAGUGUUGACCGAGCAUAUCGCAUUGGUCAAAAGAAAGAUGUAAUUGUGUAUAGACUGAUGACAUGCGGAACUGUUGAGGAAAAGAUCUAUAGGAAGCAGGUAUAUAAAGGAGGAUUAUUCAAAACAGUUUCUGAACAUAAAGAACAAACUCGGUACUUCUGCCAGCAGGAUCUUAGGGAGCUUUUCAGCCUCCCAAAAGAAGGAUUUGAUGUGUCUGUUACCCAACGGCAAUUGGAUGAGGAACACGAUUGUCAACAUACAGUGGAUGGCUCUUUCCAAACACAUAUAGAAUUCCUGAAAAGUCAGGGCAUAGCUGGAAUUAGCCACCACAGUUUGCUGUUUUCCAAGACAGAGCCAGUUCAAGAUGGUCCUGAGGAUGAAGUAAUAAGGACUCAUGGUACUAAACAUAUUGGAACUUCAUCAUCAUUAUCAUCUUCACAUGAGCGAAUUGUUGACGGGGCUGAGUUUGCCUUUAAUCCGAAGGAUGUUAAUAUACGCAAAAAAGAUUCUUCUCCCAGCAGUGCUGGUAAAUUGACCGAGUUAGAAAUCAAGGAUAGAAUUGUUCGGCUCUCCCAAAUGCUAACAAAAACGGAGAUGAUUUCUAAAUUACCUGACAAAGGGGAGAAACUACGGAGACAUAUUGCAGAGCUGAAUCGAGAACUCACUAAACUGAAGAUGGAGCAAACAAACGUGAUUGAUUUAGAUGAUUUUACCGGUGAAUUUGAAAGGGUGUUGAAUGUAUAGCUUAUUUAUUUACUAUAGGAAACAAGUUUAAUAGAACUUUUUCCUCAUUUAAGGUAGAAAAUGGUUUUUUCAACCUACUGGUUGAAGAUUGUUUAUUGAACUAUCGCAUUCUGCUUCUGAAAAUGCUAUAUCCUAGUUACUUUUAUCAACAUUAUUACGCAAUGCUGAAAGAGAAAAAGAAAGCUGAAUUGAAGAUUUUA